CGCAUAACUGGGAACCCUGUUAAAAGUAAAUUAAAAAGCGAUGAUUGAUUACGAAUUGUUUAUUCCUUCUGAGAGCAUGUUUCAUGAUAUAAUUCCCCGGAUAAGCGGCCCGUGGCUUUAACCUUCACUUUUCCGAGUCCCGAGCCGCAGGGGAUCGGGGGAUCUGAUCCCGCCAGCGGGUCACUACCUUCGGUAGCCAGAAAUAACUAGUGCGUGCCCGCAGAUAACGAUAUGCCCACCAAUGUUUACCAGGGGUUUCACCUUUCUGGUCUUCCGAUUCAUAUGAGAGAGUGGGCCUCGAUACCAUGCGCCCCUCGCAUGGCCUUUGGGCUGGAUGACCUUUGGGUGCGGCCACUGCCAUGGCCUUCUCUCCGCCUUUCCGCCGUAGCUCCACGUCCUUUCGGGAGUUCCAAGGGAUGUGCUCCUGGCUGGAUUGUGGCAGCCAUGAAGCCGCUGCUGUGUCGACAAUGUGGCGUCCCGUCCACUGCCGCAGGUACCAGAGAUCGACGGGAACCACGGAAAAUAAUGUCGCCAACAUGCGUCGCCGAAUCCAGGGCUGGGCUUCAGCUUCGAUACGUAUGACUUAUGUACCCUACGCUUUGGCUGAAACCGAGUCGUAUCCGAUUUCCCACCGCCAGACGGAGCCCUGUCCAGCAUUACCGAGGCGUAUUAGAGACGGACCGAGUCCCAUCCCAGCCAGACAGAAUCGUAUCCAGCAGGAUAGAAUCGCAUAGAAGUCAUCGUCAUCCUUUGAAAUGGCCACCGAGGACUUUCACUAUGGCAACUAAGGGAGCGGCUACGCGGGAUACUAGAUUCUAGAUAGAUCUCAUCAUUGUUAGAUUUAAGGAUAUGCGAGUCUAUAGCAGAU